AUGCCUACAACAAAAAGAAUAUUGAAAAGUUGUGAAAAUCGAGACAGUCACGUUUCCAGAUGGGUCAAGAACGUCUUAGAUAAGAAAUCAGCCACGUACGUAAAAGCUUACAUCAUCCUUAAUUUUGAGUUGAAUAUUAACACUCAAGAAAAUAUUUUUGACGUUGUUGAAAAACAUUUCAUGAACUUAAUUCAAAGUGUUGAUGAAACUUCAACCUUCAACACUUAA